GGUUCUUGGGAAGAAUGCCGCCAAUUCCGGAUCUUCUAGAUCAGCGCGAGUGUUUGCAGCUCAUCCAAUCCGCGAGAAGCCUCCACUCCAUCAAGCAAAUCCACGCUAGCAUCCGCCAUCUGCUCCCGGCGAACGUGAAGAUCGCCAACAUGCUCCUCCAGCGCUACGCCAAAUGUGGCAGCAUCGAGCUCGCGCGCGCCGUCUUCGACGAGAUCGCGCCCAAGAACUGCUUCUCCUGGGCGAUCAUGCUGUCCGCGUACGCGCAGGCGGGCGAUCUGGAGCACGCCAAGCGGAUCUUCGACGCGAUGCCCGAGCAGGAUCUAGUCAUCGCCACGACGAUGCUGGAUCUGUACGCGCGCACCGGCAAUCUCGCGCAGGCAAAGGCGCUGUUCGAUCGAGGAAUGCCGUGGCGGGAUCUCGUGUCCUGGAACGCUGUUCUUGCGGCCUACUCGCAGCGCGGCCUCUUGACCGAGGCGAAAGCCCUCUUCGAUCGCACGCCCGAGAGAGACCUCAUCACCUGGACUGCGAUGUUAUCGGCCUACACACAAAACAGCAAUCUCGGCAAUGCGAAGCUCGUCUUCGAUGAGAUGCGCGAGAGGGACGCGAUCGCGUGGAACGCGAUGCUCCACGCGUAUGCCCAGGCCGGGCAUCUCGAGCACGCCAAGCACAUCUUCGAUUCCAUGCCCGAGCGAUCGGUAGCGUCGUGGAACUCGAUGAUCACUGCGUUCGCGCAGAACGAUCACCUCGCAGAGGCCAAGGCGGUGUUUGAUGCGAUGGAGCAAAGGGAUACCAUCUCCUGGACUUCGAUGCUCACGGCAUUUGCCCAAAGCGGGCAUUUGCGCGACGCGAAAGAGAUGUUUGACAAGAUCAAGGAUCCCGAUCUCGUCGCCUGGAACGCGAUGCUCAGCGCGUACGCGCAGAAUGGCUGCCUCGACCGCGCGCUAGAGAUGUUUCACACGAUCGAGAGAGGGGAUUCCAUCGCCUGGAACGCGAUGCUCUCGGCGUAUGCGCAGAACGGGCGACUCUACGAGGCGCUCGCGCUCUUCUGCUCGCUGCCGGAGAGGAACGUCUCGUCCUGGAACGCGAUUCUCACGGGCUACGCUUCCAACGGGCUCUGGCGCGAGGCCAUCGAUCUCUUCCAGGCGAUGAAGGCGGUGGAGAUGCCCAACGAGAUAUCGUUUGUGUGCGUGAUCAUCGCCGCGAGCCGUCUGGGCGACGUGGAUUGCGGCUUGGGCGCUUUCGUUUCGAUGCGGCUGGACUACUGCGCGAAGGCGACCAAGCAGCACUACUGCUGCGUGGUGGACUUGCUGGGACGAGCCGGAUACGUGAGGGAGGCCGAGGAGCUGUUGCAAACCAUGCCUUUCGUGCCGGAGCCUCUCGACUGGACGUGCCUGCUCGCGUCUUGCUCCACGCACCGCGAUGGCGAGCGCGGGUCCAGAGCCUCCAACCGGAUUGUCGACUUGAAUCCGAGGAAAGGUGCCGCCUAUGUCUUGCUCGCAAGCAUCUAAGAGUGUGGGAGACAGUGGCAGCGACAAUUCUGUUUUUUAUCCAUGACUGAGUUAUCCUCUUCUACACAAUCUUAAGUUCUUCCCGUUUUUUCACGUCUCGCGGGACGCGGCUAAGGAGCUAACGCGUCCACGCUCUUCUUCUUAAGUUUUGUGGGGGCCAACCAGCGUAAGUGCCGCCAUUGCACCAAUCGGUGAUCGUGUUUCCAUGCUACACGCUCUACUUGCUCCAAAGCCCGACUAUAAACUACACAUGCUUCAUUGAAUCCAAUGCUGCUGCUGUGAUGCUGUGAUGCUGUGAUGCUGUGAUGUGCCGAGAGGCUAUCGAUUUAUAAGCCAGGACACAGUCCAGUGGGAGGAGCUCGAUACCAGAAGGAAAACUUCUUCUGGCUUUAGAAAAUACGAGGAGCAGGACAAUGUGUGUGAAGUAAAGGUGACACUUGACCAUCCUGUCGGAGCUCAGUUUUCCAGGGAGCACUGCUUGCCUUGCUUGCGUGCGCUUUGCUUGCUUGCUUGCUUUGCAUCCAUUGAUUCCUUGUGCUUUUCUACUUGAAAUAUUCAUCGCUUCUAACUGGCCAUCCCGAGGAUAUAUGUGUGGAACAGGGAAAGCUCAAGGGAAAUCGCGAAAGGAAGAAUCGGAAGGCCUCGAGAGCGGAGCCUGGCAUGAAUGGUGGUGGCUGGAACAGAGGGGAUUUGGAUGAGAGAUGCCUUGGUACCAUUAAAGAAAAGGGGGAGAAAUGCUAAGCCGGAGGAGAAGUAUCAAACCAAACAAACAAGGAACAGGCUCCAAGCACGUCGAGGACUCGGACCAAAGCGUCGCGGAUUUUAAUCGACAAAAAAAAAGAGUAAAGGAGCAGUCUUGAUGCCCAAGUUCGUCCCCUGCGUGGUCUAUCUUUGUCGGACGAAGCCACUUGCAGGAACUCCAUGGAGGUAAGAAUCAGCUGAGAGAAAAGAGAGAGAGAGAGAGGAAAAAAAAACCGAAAAAAACAGGAAAAAAAGAGAGGGAAAAAAAAAAGAUGGAGAUAUAAGUAUCCUUGAGAAGUGUGCGCGAACUUUUCUAGAGGAGGAGCACCACUGAGGCAGUGGGGGCCAAACUCUACAGUUGUGGAAGAUCACUUUCAUCGCCAUUUUAGUACUUUGGAGGAGAUUCUCUCGCUCGGAGUGGCAAACAACAGUGUUCUUGCCGCUGGUUACUGAUUCUCUGGUCUCUCGUAAGUAAUCCGGUCUCUCUUUGGUUCGUUUGUUGCUCGUCCCUUUCAAUCGGAUUUUUAAGCAGGCCGCCGAGCGAAUGAAAGCGAGCUUUACGGGUCACUCUCGAUUCAUUUCUCACUGAUCACGAGUGGGAGAAGAGUUAGGCUGGGAUCCCCCAUUCCUGGUUUCUGGCUUGGCUUGGUUGUUUCCAUUCGCUCCUUGUUUGAUUCGAGCCAGCGACAAGUAAGAUCGAUCUUUCUUUUUAGUUUCUUUCUUGUGAACACAAGAAGAACAAGGCUGGCGAUUUUUCUAAGCAAAUCCUUUUUGGACCACCACCAAUCUGCACGACGUUUAAAAUAAUUCGCGCUGUCUGUGCGCGUGGAACACGAACACUCGCGAAUGGCGGCAUGUAUACGCCUCCUUUAAAAGGUGCUUAAUCCGGUUUAGGCAUUUUGUUAAUGGGAUCUCCACCUGUUUGUUUCUAGUGACAUCAGGGUGAUGCGUUAAUUUUUGCUGAUCUGCCAACUUUGAUGUGGUAAUUUUUCACCCCAUCACACUAUGCAAGAAAAUCUCCUUACCUUA